AUGGAUACCAGCACGUGUGUUCCUAACAGUCAAAAUGCUCCUCAAUCUAGUGCACAACGAAAGUUUUAUCAGUGGGUACUCAAAUGGAUAACUGGUGUACAUGCGCAUGCUGACUGGAACAAUGAGGAAAUGCGCGACAUUCGACAUUCAACAAAACCGGACGUAGCAACGUUAGCCAGUUUUUUACAAGCGAUCGGAUUUAAACUACUCUCGUUUGAAAGGCACGAUGAUUUACAUGCCUCAGGAAAGAAUGAUAAUAAUGUUGAAACACCUGAUCAAGGAGUUCUUAGAGUUGCACUCGAAUGCGAUAUUUCCAACAUGAGGGCAGUGUUAGAAUUAGGAGGAGUCAUAUGUAAAUGUCCCAAUUCUGAUCACAUUAAGGACGCAUCCUUUUGGACUAUUAGUGGUACCGGACCUGUUGGAAGCACCGACAAUAUAUCACAAAAAAUCGAAGAAACUGGUAGUACUUUAUUACCUGGUUUAUCAAAAGAUGUCGUUCGACUUUUGCGUGAUGUAUCAUAUAAACUAUUCGACAUAAUCGUAUGCGAACCGGAUGUCAAUCGAAAUAUGGACAUUUUAAACGCUUCACAAAUAAGUAAUACGUCUUGUAAAACCGCGCAGAAUAAUUUAACAGCAGACAUUGGAGUUACGCGAAGUCAUACAGAACCGGAAAUGUUUCUGCGUACAGAUAUGAGUUUAAAAUGUGUUCCUGAGAAGAAAAGUAGGAGUGUAAAUUCCGAUCCAUCUGCAAGUCGUGUUAUGUCUCCAAUACAAUCAGUUAAACCUGUUUUACAACGUCAAAAAACAUGGGACAUCGAAACCGAAAGUUUAAACGAAGAACCACGGCCGUCACUUCCAAAGCUUACGAGUUCUCCCUCUGUAGUUUCUGAAUUGUCCAAUUCCUUAGGGCAAUAUUCUUUACAGAACGAAAUUGAAAAUCCUAGGAUUGUAACUGAAUAUGUUUUAGGGGCAUAUCAAAACUUAGAAAAGGCUCUUAAGGUGUUACUGAUCAAGAAACCAGAGAUUUCGAAUGAUACUUCUCCUAUUCAAGAUAAUGACAGUGCAUCCGUAAGAUCAGCACCUGCUAUUAUUCUUAGUCCCUAUACAUCAACUAAAUCAAGUACAUGUACAAUCAUCAAACCUUUAUCAAAAUCGACGAAUGAACAAGAGACGCGAGCAAAAGCAUAUUUGACGUUAACGCCGAGAGCUCGUCGUAGUAUCGAACCAAUGCUUCCUAAAUCUACGACACGAAGGAACUUAAAACCUGAGCAAGAAAAUGUAAAACCGACGCUUCGUCGCAGUAGCUUUCACAUUCCUUCGACUGCUAAUUCUAAUAUCUCGUUGUUAAAAUCUUCGGAUACAGGACAAAAAAUUUUGGCGAGUAAAAAGUACAGCACAAGUAAAACAAAUCUCACGAUCAAUUCCGACCUGUCGAACAGUUGCAGAGCUUUAUUGACAACAAAAAAGGUUGUAUCUUCAGAACAGGCAUCAUCAAACUUGGGAGCAUUUAAUACAUCGAAUACUCGUAUGUCAAUGAUUAAACCACCUACAAAAGUCUCAAAAACAAUACCAAUUAAAGUGAAAUCAAUGAAAUCUACUAUCAAGAUGAGUCCAGGAAUAUUGAAGAAAUAAAAAUCUAACCUUUUAAAGCGAUAAA